AAAGGGUAUUUCGCGCUCCGCCCUGCCCUACAAGCGCACUCCUCCGAGCUGGUUGAAGAUCUCCGCCCCCGAGGUCGACGAGCACAUCUGCAAGCUCGCGAAGAAGGGUCUGACGCCGUCGCAGAUCGGCGUCAUUCUGAGGGACUCGCACGGUAUCGCGCAGGUGUCGGGCGUCACUGGCAGCAAGGUCCUGCGCAUUCUCAAGGCUCACGGCCUGGC